CAAUAGGUUAGUAUGAAUUACACCUUAUUAAAUGCAAUACUUGUAUUAUAUUAUAGUAUAAUUUAAAAAUAACUAUGAUUGCCAACGUGUGUGCAGUUUUGUUAUGUUGUUUUGCUUUAACGGCAAAUAUAAAAACAAUCGAUUCGGCAGGAAGUCAAAUUGCUCCUAUCCGAUUUUUCACUCAAACAUCCAAUGAAGACUUCGUACUUACUGUAAAUCGCUUGAUAACAUUCAAAAAACAUCCAAUUAACAUCACAUCCACAGACGUGACAAUUCUGUCAACACCCAAUUGGUACACCGUUAAAGAUUACAAAUUAAAAUUGAAAAGUCGGGACAAAUUAGAGAAAAAAGCUCAAGACAUCAAAUGCAGUUUUUGUGUAAUUGUAAAAUCAAAAAUAUCGUAUUUAAAGAACUUAAUAGAAAAGUUAAAAAGCGGAGAGCCUUUUAAUAACAAUGACGAGGAAAUUGUAACGCGUAUUAAAGAAGAAGCCGAAAUCGUACUUCACCUAUUGCUGUCGGGAAACUUAGAAACAGACAAAUGGCUUUGGAGUUAUUAUUUGAAAAUCGUCGCCAUCGUCGAUUACGAUGACGAUUUCCGGGAAAACCCAUUCGGAGACGACCAACAGCUGCAAUCCGACAUUUCAGAAUUCAUCGAAAAUUGUGUUGCCGAAAAAUACCUUCCUGUCACUGCGAUGGAAUGUGAUUUUCUUUCGAAAAAGUCCAAGAUAUACGAUAAUUUGUUUGGCGUUCUACGAGAUUCCGAAUUGUUUGAAGACAUUCUAGCCGGCCGUGUCGUUUUGGUGACGAUAGCGUUUUUAUAUCUGAAACCGUUUUGGCUGGACGGAAAUCCGAUAUUGUUUGGACAAAUAGCAGACGUCAAUGUCGACUGGAGUAAGGCAAAAAAACGAUUUGAUCUCGAGGUGGCCAUUACCAGAGAAUUUCUGGACAACCGCAUUUGGGUAUACGAACCGUACGGUCGCCUCGACCACCAACGCUUGUUGGUCAAAAUUAUCGAUGCCAGGAUUUAUUGUUACCUUUCGAUUGUGCUUGAUAUUUACCUAAGACAAUUAACCAUACUCGACCAUCGGCUUCUAACACACAUCAAUAAUCUUAUAUACAACAUUAUCAACGACGCAAUGAGUUUGACGGCGUUUAAAGAUGAAUUUCUUGUAGCCAUUGUGUCGGAGUUCAAUUAUGUAGAAUUAACCGACGUCGACGACAUAAAAGACAUUUUAGCUAGAGUGAGGACAAAGGCCAAUGAGAUCCUAAAAGGUCUAAGUGUAAACGAAAUCGAUUGGCUCAGUUUCGGCGUUGACGAACGCCAACUGUUCAACGAAGAUUUGAUAACAGAAAUCAUUGACAGUUUCGAAGACUUUAUAAAUGAAAUAAGAAGCUUAUGCUUGCCGUUUGAAUAUAAAGCGCUUUUGCAUUUUAUGGAUGUAGUUAAAACGUCGGCUGCUCAAUAUAUUUAAAUCAAUAACACAAUAUUCAUAAAUCGAGUAGUAACGAAAUAAAAGAAAAAAUAUCAAAUAUGAAGUCGAAUCAAUUAGGAAUACUUACUUAUGAUGUUUACACAAUUUAACAUAAUUAAAACUAUGAGCUACCGUAUAGUGUUAUGGAAAGCUUAAUAGGUUUGUAAUAGCCGUAAUUGUAUCAUUCAUAAAAUAUUUUUAUUUAUUAGAGUUUUAGUAUAUUUAAAACAAUAUUAACAAAAUGUUCAUAUAUAAACAAGUCGUAAUCUAUUUAAUAAAAGUAAAAUAUCGAAAAUAAUUUUUUAUAUAACAAAACCUUAGGAAACAGGUUUUUGUGUUCAGAACUAUGAUUUUAUUAUUUAGUCAUUUUUAGUCUUGUAAACCAAUUACAUAAGUCAAUAAAAUAUCCCGUUGUUUUACGAUCCGGGUCUUUAGCAAGAAUCUAAUAUUAUAGCUUACAGUAAACCUUUAUACUACAUAGAUCAAGCGCUGUUAUGUUGCCGAAGUUAAUCAACCUAAAUGAGUAAAUUAUAUUUUACAUAGGUAGUUGAAAUUGUCCACAAAAAAAACUCAAAUCAUUUUCACAGGUUUUUGUUUUUUUUAACCCAGUCACGUUUAUAAUACAUAUUAGUAAGGUACUCUGAAUUUUUUUAUUGGUAUAAUCUAGACAUUGUGAAAGUUACAAGAUGCAUUAUGUAUUUUACAAGAUUCAGGUUUUAUUAAAUAUUUAUUAUCAUUUUGAUAAUUUCCUUAUCGAGACAAUAACAUUAUUGAUAAAUAAACAAUAGUGGAUAUUAUUGACACAUAACAAAGUCUUGAGCUUUUUUUGUAAAACUGCUAAGAGUGCCUAUUAUUCGGUACUUCAACGAGACAUGAAAAUGUUCUUUCGUGGUUACAGACUCGUUUGAAAUUUUUUUUAAAUUUUAUUUUACC